AUGAAGGACGACUCGUAUGAACCUUACGUCCCCGUUGCCCAAAGGCGCGCAGCAAAGCUUGCGAAGCUUUCCUCGUUGACCAGUAGUUCUGCACGGGAGAAGGCGAAGAGGCAGUUGGAGGAGCUAUUGGCAAAGGAAGAUGCUGAGCAGGAGGAAGAGAGUCGGAGGGAAAGAGCUCGGAAAGAGAGGACACUUCUCCUGGAGGCACAAGAAGUGCACUCUCGCAAGGCUGCCGAGGAUGCCAAGAAGACAGAGAUUGAGAAAGCGGAGGAGGUUGAUGCAGAGAUUCUUGCUGCUAUCGCCAGCAGACGGAAAUUAGCAUCAGAUCUCGAACUCGCAAAGGGUAUCUCUUAUUCCGAGUCACUGAAGACUUCUUGGCAACCUCCAAAGUAUAUACGUGACCGGACAGAGGAGCAGCACAGACGACUUCGGGAGAAGUAUCAUAUCAUUGUAGACUGGAGAAGACAUUCCCCCCCCAAUCGAGCACUUCGAAUCCAGGAUAUGAAAAUACCGCAGCAAACGCUACAUUUUCUAAGGUCCAAAAAGAUAAUUACUCCUACUCCAAUCCAGCUGCAGGGCAUACCCACAGCGUUUUCAGGACGUGACAUGAUAGGAAUCGCAUUCACGGGUUCUGGGAAAACGCUUGCAUUUUGUUUGCCACUUAUUAUGAUGACCUUGGAAGAGGAAGUCAGGCUUCCAUUCAUCCGCGGCGAGGGUCCUGUAGGUGUUGUUCUAUGUCCCUCUCGGGAACUCGCAACGCAGACGUAUGAAAACGUGCUUGCCUGGACAGCCGCGCUUUCAAAGGAUGGCAAGUAUCCCCGACUGAAUACGUUGCUUUGUAUCGGCGGUAUAUCCAUGGGCGAUCAAAGUCAUGUCCUCAAUAAGGGUCUACAUAUCGUCGUUGCUACGCCAGGUCGGUUGAUUGACAUGUUGGAAAAGAAACGGUUUACAUUCAAUAACUGCAAAUUCCUGUGCAUGGACGAGGCUGACCGUAUGAUUGAUCUGGGAUUCGAAGACGACGUGCGGAAUAUCAUGAGCUUCUUCAAGCGUCAACGGCAGACCUUACUGUUCUCGGCGACGAUGCCACGGAAAAUCCAGGAUUUUGCGCAGCAGUCGCUUGUUAGGCCUGUCCUAGUCAACGUGGGACGCGCUGGAGCUGCCAACUUGGAUGUGCUGCAAGUGGUCGAAUAUGUCAAACAGGAAGCCAAGAUGGUCUAUCUGCUCGAAUGUCUUCAAAAAACUGCCCCUCCGGUAAUCAUCUUCAGCGACAACAAGAACGAGGUCGAUGACAUCCAAGAAUAUCUCCUGCUGAAAGGCGUAGAGGCGGUUGCGAUACACGGGUCUAAAACCCAAGAGGAGCGCCAGUACGCCAUCAAGGCAUUCAAGUCUGGCGCCAAAGAUGUUAUGGUUGCGUCAGGUGUCGCUUCCAAGGGUCUGGACUUCAACGACAUUCAACAUGUGAUCAUAUUCUCUAUGCCGAAGGAGAUCGAAGACUAUGUCCACCAGAUAGGUCGAACGGGUCGAAGCGGGAAGACCGGUAUCGCUACGACGUUUGUGAACAUGAACACUCCCGAGCAGACGCUCCUGGAUCUGAAGUACUUGUUGAUAGAAGCUGGUCAGAAAGUUCCGCCGUUCCUGCAAACCAUCGAAGAUCCACGUAUCUCUCAGAAUGGUUCGUUUAGAGGCUGCCCGGUAUGCGGAGGCCUUGGUCACGGUGUCUCGAAUUGUCCAAAGCUGGAGGACGUGCAACGUCGCCAGAUGGCGUCUCAAAGAGCUGUGCACGACGGAGGUGGGGGUUACUGA